GCGGAGUUGGGCUGUACUAACAACAGUAAGGCUUGACUCAGGCGGAGUGGAAAUCUCUGAGUGUCCGAAUGAAAACAUAAAACCUAAAACCCAGCAUUUAUCAGCGCUUUUGUACUGAAAAGUGCAACAGAGAGGCCUUAGGAUUUCAGGACCAGCCUUUACCUUUCCACUCCAUGAACCAGCCUCCAGCUUUUUCUUCACACGUCAUUCCCUGAAACAGCGCCGGGGCCAUUCAGAUCCUUAUUAGCUUAACUUCCAGCUCAAUUUUCUUGGACAUCUCAAAUCUGCAGCAGUCAUGGAGCCUAUGUAUGCUUCAGGAAUGGCGGCCAAGCUGCGCAGUCAGUGGGAUCGCGAUGAUGGCUUGGGCCAGAAUCAUAAGGCUGUCAAGUUGUUGGGGCAGGACUAUGAAAUGCUGAAGGCGCAGUGCUUGCAGAGCAGGACCUUAUUUGAGGAUUCAUACUUCCCUGCCUGCGCUUCAUCACUAGGCUUUAAAGAGCUCGGGCCCCAUUCCUCCAAAACAGCUGGUGUGCGCUGGAUGAGGCCACCGGAGCUCUGUUCUCGUCCCCAGUUCAUAAUGGAUGGAGCAACUCGCACAGAUAUCUGUCAGGGAGCACUCGGUGAUUGUUGGCUGCUGGCUGCUAUUGCAUCUCUCACACUGAAUGAUAACCUGCUGCACCGUGUGGUACCACAUGGGCAGAAUUUCAGCGAUGGAUAUGCUGGCAUCUUUCACUUCCAGUUCUGGCAGUUUGGUGAGUGGGUUGAUGUGGUCAUCGAUGACAGGCUGCCAGUUAAAGAUGGGAAGCUGCUGUUCGUACACUCGGCAGAGGGCGGCGAGUUCUGGAGCGCUCUAGUGGAAAAGGCCUAUGCCAAGCUGAAUGGCUGCUACGAGGCUCUGUCAGGUGGCAGUACAUCAGAAGGCUUUGAGGACUUCACAGGUGGUGUGACUGAGAUGUAUGAGCUUAACAAGGCUCCUUCUGAUCUGUUCAACAUCAUAAGGAGGGCAAUAGAGAGAGGAUCGCUGCUGGGCUGCUCCAUAGACAUCUCCAAUACUCGUGACAUGGAGGCUGUUACCUUUAAAAAGCUGGUUAAAGGCCAUGCCUACUCAUUGACAGCAGUGGACGAGGUGGUUUACAGAGGAACUCCAACUAAACUGGUGCGCAUCAGGAACCCUUGGGGAGAGGUGGAGUGGACUGGAGCAUGGAGUGAUAAUGCUAGAGAGUGGGACAGCGUGGACUCGGCAACCAGGAGCAGGCUGCAGAAUCGCAGCGAAGACGGAGAGUUCUGGAUGUCGUUUCAAGAGUUUCUGCGUGAGUUCAGCAGAUUGGAGAUAUGUAACCUGACAGCGGAUGCUCUGGAGGUCAAUCAGGUGAAGAAGUGGAGCACGUCACACUAUCAGGGCGAGUGGAGAAGAGGAAGCACAGCUGGAGGCUGUAGGAACUACCCAGCUACGUAUUGGCUCAACCCUCAAUUCAAGAUCAACCUGAAGCACCCGGAUACAGCAGGACAAGACAAGUGCACCUUCCUAGUGGCUCUGAUGCAGAAAGACCGCAGGAAACAGCGCAAAGAGGGUAAAGACAUGGAGACUAUUGGCUUCGCGAUAUAUGAGGUUCCCCAAGAGUAUGCAGGUCAGUCAGGAGUUCACCUGAAGCGAGACUUCUUCCUCACACACGGCUCCAGCGCUCGCUCCGAGCUCUUCAUCAACCUGCGUGAGGUCAGCACGCGAUUCGCCCUUCCUUCCGGAGAAUACAUCAUUGUCCCGUCCACGUUCGAGCCGCAGAAAGAGGCUGACUUUGUGCUGCGUGUCUUCUCUGAGAAACCCGCCGAAUCAGAGGAGCUGGAUGAUGAAAUCAAAGCUAAUCUUCCCAAAGUGAAUUAUUUGGAUGAGAGUCAAAUCGAUGCCGGGUUCAAGAGUCUCUUCAGACAGCUGGCAGGAGCGGACAUGGAAAUCAGCGUCACAGAGCUCCAGACCAUUUUGAACAGAAUCAUGAAGAAGCAUAAGGAUCUGAAGACAGACGGCUUUUCUCAGGAGGCGUGUCGCAGUAUGGUCAACCUCAUGGAUACAGAUGGCAGCGGUAAGCUGGGGAUCACAGAGUUCCAUGUGCUGUGGGAAAAAAUCAAACAUUAUCUGGAUGUGUUCAGGAAGUUUGAUGUAGACAAGUCUGGCACAAUGAGCUCAUACGAGCUGCGCUUGGCUCUCGAAUCAGCCGGAUUCAAGCUUACCAACCAUAUAUUCCAGCUGAUUGUUCUGCGCUAUACAGAGCAGGACCUGAACGUCGACUUUGACAACUUCGUUAUCUGCCUAGUGCGUCUAGAGACCAUGUUCAAUACAUUUUAUGCCUUAGACACUGACAAGGAUGGAUCAAUCUCCCUAAACUUCAACCAGUGGAUCACUUUGACCAUGUUUGUGUGAACAGACAGACAUCUGGAUGCCUGUCUGCUUGCACUGAGACCCAAAUCUCCCUCUGUCUGGUCCAGAAGUGCCGUUUUCAAGUUGUUUUUUUAUUAUUAUUGCUUAAGGUGAUGGUUUCAGUCAGUAUUUUAAUCCUGCCUCUUUCUUUUUUUUUUUUAAAUAAUGUUCUGGUUUACACAGUGGUUAAAGAGUCGUAUAUAAAAAGCCAGUCUCUGUACUGUGUGUCAUUUAAUCUGAAACUAUAAGCCAUCAGUCAUCAAUCCCGGCCUUAAAAAGUGUAGUGUUUACAGCGUCUUCUCUGACCAGCCGUGUGCCAGCAAUCAUACUCUUCCUGCUUAAUGAUAGGAUGACUGUUUUUACUUCCUGUUUCAAAUGGGUCACUUCCUCUCAAUGUCUGAUUCAAUUUUUGUUCAGUGUGUAUUACAGUGUGUGGGAGGGAUAGUAAAGGAUUUCGUUGAUGCGUGAUGUUAAGGUUUGUGUAAAUGACAUUAUUUAACAUGAACAAACCAGGAACCUUCACAUGAAUACACUAGAAAUAACAGUGACAAAGUAACCAUCUCGUUUUCAUGUUAAUGAAUGGCUAAAUAAGUCAAACAAGCCAAAUAAUAACUCUUUAAAUAUCGGUGAGUAAAAUGUUAGCACCUUAAUGAACAGGUAUUCAGCCCUAUAUAUGAUAAACUAGGUCCAGUAUUUGCAAAUGGAGAACAGUGUCGAGGACAUACGAUGUAUCAGGACUUGUUUAUUGUCGGAAUCUGAAUAAUUAUCACUCACAGCAAGUGGAUUUAUCGAAGAUACAUCAGUUGUUACUGAGGGUGUUCAUGUUAACUAAUGCAGUAAGUAAAGCUAGUUACUUUAAGGAAGUGUUAUAUAAAGUAAUAAAGGGACUUUUCUGUCUUUUAUUUGAGAUCUUUGUUAUAUCUGUGUGUGUGAGAGAGUGCUGGCUGGUGAAACGCAGUCUGGAUAUAUAACAAUUGAUUUAUAUCAAUUAGAAUAAUUUGAUGUUUGUGUAGUCAUAGGCCAUGUACUGCAAAAACCUGCAUGAACUAUGAUUCUUGGGAACUGGGCUGUGUGGGAUUUUUGUGUGCAUUUUUUGACUUUAUUGUGCUGUUUUUGGCCAGGAACAUGUAAAAAGUCAAUAAUGACAAAUCAGGAAUCUUUGUCAUACCGGAAUAAGAAGCACUUGUUGGAGAAUCAGGAACAUUACAGUUGAAUGAACGUGCCUGUUACUGAGUGUUCAAGUGAAACACCAGGUGAAGGUGAAAUGACUGCAGAUGUGGAUGCAGAGAUAAAUAUGAAGAAAUGUAAUGGAUUGAUUCAUAUUUUAUUGCCUUGACAUGCCGUUAAUUCUGCCCUGUUAAUGCCGGUGCCUGUAUUGUGUUCUCUGUGGACUGGUCAAAAAACACAUACUGAGUUUUAUGUAUUCAAAAAUCUGUUUUCAAUAAAUACAUUUUUAAAAUACA